UAGACGCGGGCUAAUGCGCACUCUGUUGGGAAUUUACGUUUGUGGACAAACAUUUGUGUUAUAAACUAUCAUAACUUCAUUGCAGUGUUUUUACUAAGCAUGGAUGUUUACGAUAUACUCCUGCAAGCUGGGUUGACAACGUCGGUAGUGGUUGUGUAUUUAAUAUUUUUUAGGAAACGGCAACCCGAAAUUAAAGGAACGUACAACCAACCAGGAUGGAAUUAUCCUCUCAAAUGGUGGUUAUCGCGAUGGUUUGCAAUAGGCCGGUGGAAGGCGCAGUGUGUAUCAGUACCUACAGAUGAGCUGCCUCGUACUGAUCUGAACGAGGGCUGGGACUCCGUGGACAUACGUGCCACCAGUGCGGACGGGGCUACUGUACUUCUUGGUAUACGAAAGUUGUGCGGGAGGCGGCCCACUGCAGAAGUCACAGUAUACGUCAAGUUAGCAGAUGGAUCUAGUUAUAGAUUACCAAAACAUCCAGACACUGCUACAUGUGUUUUGGAGAACACUGAAGGUGCUUGGAGUGCGAGUGGACUGAAGAUCCAGGUUCUAGAGUCAGAGACUCGAUUAAGGAUAUUAUAUAAUGGUCUACUGACUUCAGUAGAUGACGGUGAUAUACAGCAUGUUACCUUUAAUUUUAUAUGGAGAUCUGCUACAAAUCCAUUGCGAUACCCAGAGGAUUGGAGUACAGAUCUUGCAGCACAAGCUUUGGCCUUGGAGCAAUGGCGAGACACCGACUGGCCUUAUUUACUAGGUAAAUGGGAGGAGGGCGGGUGGAUGCAAUGUGGGGCUGUUCAAGGCCGAUUCCAAUCGUUUGAUCAGCAAGGCGUCUUACAGAAGGAUGAGUAUUUACGUCUGCGAGGAAUCAGAGAAAGGAGUUGGGCGCCUUACGGGUAUAAGGGCAGGAGGCGCUCUGUUACCUUCACAGCGUCUUCCAAGGACGGUACCAUGGUGCAUCUUCGUGGACUGUCGUAUAGAAAUGUUUUGACGCAGUGUAUAUCAGGACAUGUCAGAUUCCCCAACUAUAGAGUCGAAAGCAUAAUUAACACAGAUUUUGUUCUACAAGACUUCAGCGAAACUGUCAAAGGAAUACCGAAGGUUCAUACAAUAAAUGUGAGCACUCGAAGCAGAAAAAUUCGAAUGGUGCUUCGGAUCAAUUCCGAUGGUGGCAAACUUCUAAGCGGUAUUCCAUACCAGCAAGAAUUGCAGUACCGUACAAUGGUUGUUAGCCUCGAUGAGUCAGCUGGCUCUGGAAUAUUAGAACUUGGCUACGAACCUACAGAAAUAUCAGAUCCAACAGCGCGUCUGUCGCCACCUCGGACCCUCAAGUGGCUCAGUGCGAGUGAAGUUGAUUCCGUGGGUUACUGCUUGCCAUUCGAAGCCCGCGCGGCCGCUUGUACCGACUAUGUAGGAGGCAAAGGUGCCUCUUUGGCUCUACUAGCUUCCGUACAGAAUGUUGAGGACUACAAAGUACCACCAGGGUUUUGCUUAAGCAUAAGAGCAUUGGAGAAACAUCUGGAUGCUAAUCCUAAAAUAGUAGCAGCUAUCCGGGAGAUAGAGGCCGCUAAUGAGGACUAUGAAGAGACCAAUUUCAAAGACAAAUGCACAAAGGCGGUAGAAUUGUUUAUCAACACUGAAAUCGUUAGUGAUGUAAGAGAUGAUAUACUUGCCCACCUAAAAAACCUAAGAGAUGCGACCACGAAACAGAAUUUGGAGCAACGAUUUGCAGUUCGAUCUUCAGCGGUGGGCGAAGACAGCGAGACGCUCUCGGCGGCCGGGCAGAACGAGACGAUACUGGGCUGUACGAGCGACGAGCACGUACUGCGCGCCGUGCAGAAGUGCUGGGCCUCCAUGUUUGCAUUCACCAGCGCCUACUACCGCAGACAGAACGGGCAGACGUGCGCGUGCGGCGGCGGCGUGGUGGUGCAGGCGCUGGUGGAGCCACGCGCAGCCGGCGUCAUGUUCACGCGACACCCAGACCGGGGCGACGCAUCACGGCUACUCAUCACAGCCAACUACGGACUCGGUGAGACUGUAGUAUCAGGUUCAGUAGAGCCGGAUACAAUUAUAGUAAAACGAGGUGAUAAUAGUCAUCUCUCGAUCAUGAAAGUCGAAUUAGGUUCAAAGGCACAGCGAGUAAUGAAAGCCAGUACCGGUGGAGUCACCACUGAGGAUGUACCAGAAACAGAACGUGGCCUCCCGUGUUUAUCUGAAGCAGACGCGUUGAAGUUAGCUCAGAUUGGAGUGGCUCAAGAAAAUCUAUGGGGAGCUGGAAGAGACAUCGAGUGGGCUAUUACAAAGGAUGGUAUAUAUCUAUUACAAGCGCGCCCCAUCACUUCCCUGGAGCGUUGGACGGAAGAGGAACUGCUGCACGAACUAGACACACCUAUAAUGUCCGACGACGAACUCACUACCUUUGCAAACACCGGUGAGGUAUUACCAAAACCAGUGACGCCAUUGACUGUUGAUCUUGUCCUCUAUCCUCUGAUGAUCACCAUGAAUGAUAUGGUCAGUUCUAAUAUGGAGCCGUGGGAAGAUACCGUUAUACUUACUCAUAACAGAGUUGGAAUAGCGCUUUACAGCACAUCUUAUCGCAAAGUCUCCAAUGAAAUUGACAUGAACAUUCGAAUGCUCGAGAUGGCCAUCCAUGGGAGAAAAGUUGCCGACCAAAACAUUUUAAAUGUAGCGAAACGUCGUCAUCCGCCGCACUGGACUGACAAAAUUGAAUUAAUGUCUACUCUUCUUUCGUGUUUACUUACUUCGAAGUGGAAAAUGGACGAAAACAUUAAGACAUCGAAAGAAAUGAAUAUAAAAUAUGACAUUAAUGAACCCUUGGAAAUGUUCGAGAUUCUGUUAAAGCAACUGGAUAAUAUGAAACGCCUCUCAAGCAACCACAGUUACACUAGUGCCGCUAGUACAUCUAGCCAAUUUAUAGCGAUGUCUGUAUUGUUAGAAGGUGCUAUAGAUUUCACAACAGAACACUGUAACGAAAUAAAUACAUUAUUGAGCUCAGGGGAUGUAUUAUCAGCUGAAGUGCCGCUAGGUCUUGCAAAAUUAGCUCGUGAAUUGGAAAGCUCGGGAAAACUGACGGAAUUUAAAGGACAAGAUCCGAAAAAAGCUAUGGACUGGCUCAUGGCUAACUUACCUCAUAUACAUGCGAAAGUUUUAGAGUUCUUAGAAGAACAUGGACACAGAGCUAUUAUGGAGUUUGAUAUGUCAACUAAACCAUGGGCCUUGGUUCCGGAAGAGCUGAUGAAUAUUCUUCAAAAUAUUAAAGUAACUGAAAAGGAAAAUCCGAAGAGAGCAUCCGAUGACGAAAUCAUUGCUGCACUUACUACACCAAAGAAGUCAUCUACAAGGAAAGUAUUAUCGUGGGUGUUGCCACUGUGUCGUCGGACUGUACGUCACCGAGAGGGUACCAAGGCGCAUUUAAUUCUGGGCAUCCACAAGUUACGUCUGGCGGCCAUCGAGCUCGGCAAGCAGUUGGUUCGCCGAUGGUACUUGCCGCAUCAUGACCUCAUUUUCUUCUUCCGAGCAAAAGAGUUGACUGACUACAUAACCAGUAGAGAUCCAGCAUUACUAAGAAAAGCGAUUCAACGGCAACAAUACUAUCCAAAAUGGUGUAAGCUUAAGUACUCUGAAAUGAACACGGGAUGGGUGCAGCCCCUGCCAGUGAAGGCUCCCACAGUAACGGCCGGUGAUGUGAAGCUGGAAGCCACAUCGGUCUGUGGGGGAGAGGUUAUAGCUAGAGCUUGCGUCGUGAAGGAUAUUUCUGAGGUCCACCAGUUGCAGCAAGGCGACGUGCUGAUAACGCACGCCACCGACAUCGGCUGGUCGCCGUACUUCCCGCUCCUCACGGGGAUCGUCACGGAGCUAGGCGGGCUCAUAUCACACGGCGCUGUCAUAGCUCGGGAGUACGGUCUGCCUUGCAUUGUUGGAGCCAUGGAUGCUACGGAUAUUUUCAAAACGGGAGAUACUGUGAGACUCUCGGGCACCAAAGGACUGAUCGAAAAAGUGCAAAUUGCAGACAAAUCUAAGGAACAACAAAGUUGAUAAGGCAUUGAAAGACUGAAUGCUUAUUAUUUUAUAAAAACUUAUGCUAAUAUAAAAUAUGUUUACGUACUGUAACCAUGUAUAUUU